GCCGCCUCGUUGUUCAAAGCUUUUCAGGUCGUCAUAACAACGUUCAUUGGUGGAAGGGCGGACCAAGAGGUCUUCCAUAACCAAGUCUCCGAAACAUCUAAACAUCCCAUCGUCAUCUAAUAGUUCUCCCGUGAUACCCAAAGCACUCCUAAACUCGCUCGUUUAACCUCAAACUAUUUCCGUUCCUACCUACUCGCUUGGCUCUCAACCUCUAUUUGCCCUAGCAUUGUCUGGGUAGACAAAAGUACCAAGGGAAAAAAACAAACCAAGAGGCGAAUAGAAUAUUACAUCACUACAGUCAUCGUCAUCACCAAUAGUCUGCUUAUAAGGUCUCUUGAAGAACACAGCGGCAUAGCAAGGGACACAGCCAAAACGUCACGGUUGAAGUCGACUAAACUAGCGACACCAUUGACGUUUCCAUGAACACGAGUCUUACCAGCCCGAUUACGGCCUUAUAGGCGAUCUACCGCCAUCGUGGAUAUCGCCUCCCUACUUAAGGCCUCCGACUCAAAUGAGUCCUCAUUACCCUCAUCCCAGCAAAGCCGAUCCACAUCCGUACCGGCUACCGCGGGCCCGGCGGUCACGACGACGGCGCCUUACGGACCUCCCUUAUACGCAGCACCUCCUCGCCUGGGAGGAGUAGGCCCCAUGGUAGCAGGAACUGUCAGCAAGCGCGGAAUGGCGCCUCACAUCUCAGAAGCGCCGGCGAAGAAGCAGAGUAAAUGGUCAGCAGAAGAAGACGCACUAAUCAUCGAUCUUCGAGGAAGCGGGAUGAAGUGGGAGGACAUCUCUAAACGAUUACCCGGCCGCAGCGCUAUAAGCUGCCGCCUUCAUUACCAGAAUUAUCUCGAGAGGCGUAGUGAAUGGGACGAAGAGCGGAAGAACAAGUUGGCAAGAUUGUACGAGAGAUUUAAACCCGAAAUGUGGGCGAAAGUUGCAGAGGAGAUGGCCAUACCAUGGCGUGCGGCAGAGGCGAUGCAUUGGCAGCUGGGGGAGCAAGACAUGGCUCGACGAGCAGGUGUGACACCUUUCUCUCUCUCUGCCCAGACUUUGGAGACGGCUCAUGGAGGGGCACGGGCUUCUUCGCGACACACACACUCUUCAUCACAAGGGGGGAUUUCGCGAGAGGUCAGUCAUGGAAGAGGUUAUGGUCGGGGCACCGCGCUCCCUCCAGCUCGCCCCCUCGUGCGAAGAGAAAGUCUUGCGACACAUCAUCUCCCACCUCCCGAGCAUCUUGAGGUUACCUACGGAUAUUCUCAUCCACACGGCGGCGGGCACCUUGCUCCUAUUCAGACUCAAAACCCACCGCCGCGGCCGGGAAUGCUCCCAAGCGUGGCAGAACUUACAACUGGUGUUAGUCCCUACAGCACGCCAGCCUACUCAGCAGGAGUGCCAAGUGCGAGCCCCGUACACAGUGCUACAGCAAGUCCCGGGCCCUACAUGCCACCACUUGGCUACCCACCAAUCGAUCCGGCAUCGGCCAGUUCUAAGAGACGAAGGAGCCCCGAGGUUAUGCCCUACGAAACGAGUAGACGCAGGCACCUCGAGCGACCACCUGAGCCAUACGAGCACCCACAAUCCAGACGAUGAGCGCUGAAGAGACUUGGAACCUUGUUUUGUAAAGAUUCAGGUACAGGAAGACGAGGAAAAUAUUAGACCACCAUAAAGACGAGGAUGAAUUUGGAAUUUGGAGGCGUUCACAGACCGGGAUAAAAACAGGAUCGAGGAAUCAUGUGCGCUAUCAUACAGCAACGACAACAACAGCACCGGCAUUACACUCGACGCCUUUGGCUUCUCGCCCUGGUGACACCGACAUACAUCUCACAUAUGACAUUACGGCGUUACACUCGCGGACAUUCGCCCACAUCGGCGUGUUCUCUGAGAUUGGGGGUUGCUUUC